AGCAGAAGCUAUUCGUUUUUGUUUGUGUGUUAUGGGGUGGGGGAUAUAAAAGCUGUCACCGGGUUUAAUUUUCUGAAAAUACCUGUUACGGUUAUAGUCUUUUGGUAAAAAAAAAAACACAAGCAAAUCUGACUCCCAUUUCACAACACUUUAAAUCGGUCCGAGUUUUGUGAGCGGAACGCUCUGCCUCAGCUUCUGUGGAUAAAAUCCCGUACUGAGAGCUUAGAAAUAACAUUUUAAACAUAACGAUUUAUUUCCCCGCAAGCGUGCUGUUGGAAGACUCGACCUUGCGGAAGCCGGACUGGAGCCAGCGCCUCCUGCUCGUGCCCGCGCUCCAGCUGACGACGUGCGCGCUCACGAGGCCGAGGAAGCGGCGGCGCCAAAAGCAAGAGAGAGGCGGCCGGCUGUUUUAAGCAGGACAGAGACAGAAACCCCUUUCGUAUUAACCUGUGGGGGCACAGGGGUCGCCAGAUAAGUGUACUAAGACUUACAGAGGAGCCCCCAGCCCCCAGCCCUCAGCGGGACGGUGGGGCCGGUCCGCGGAAGGUGAAGCUUGCGUGUCUGUUGUGUUGCGGCGAGGGAGCGCCAGGGUGAUGGAGCAGCGCAGCGUCAGUGUGUGGCCACGCUUGGAGCCCUUCCUCCUGGGCGUGCUGCCGGCUGCCCCCCCCGCCAAGUUCAGCAUGCACUACCUCCGCAAGAUGGCGGCCUACGUGCGAGCGCGGACGCGGGAGGGCUGCUUCCCGCGGCUGCACUGGCCGCUCUGGCGCCACAUCGCCUGCGGGAAGCUGCAGCUGCCCGAAGACACCGCCUGGCUUUACUUCGAGACCUGCGACCUGCUGGCACCGCGCCCCUCGGAGGAGCGGCUGGAGUGGGCGGAGGCCGUGUCGCAGUGCGGCUCGGUGGAGGAGCUGGACAAGCUGCGGUACAAGCUCUCCGUGGACACUCUGCAGUUCCUGCUGUUUCUCUACAUCCAGCAGCUGAACCGCGUCUCUCUGCGCACGUCCCUGAUCGGCGAGGAGUGGCCCAGCCCCCGGUCCCGCUCCCGCUCGCCCUCCCCGGACCGCGACGCCAAAACCGCCGCGCAGAACAAGAACUGGGAUGACCAGGCCCACCUGAGCUUCAUCCAGACCCACCUGUCAGACCUGCUGGAGCUGGUUCUUGAGCCGGAGCAGCUGGGCGGGCCGGGCCAGGCAGUGCACGACAGCCAGGUGUCGGCUGAGGCGCUGCGGGGGCUCAGUUUCCUGCUGGAGGGGUCGCUGAGCCGGGGGCGGGCCGUGCACGGCCUCCACGAGCUGCUGGGCUGGGGGCCCCUGCAGGCCCAGGCUGGCUACUCUGCGCUGACCCACAGCUUCUCCCUGCCGCGGCUGCAGGCCUGGCUGCGCGAGUCGCUGACCGCCAACCCCUUCGGCACCACAGCCUGCCUGCGCUCCGGCAAGAAGCUGGCCUGGGCACAGCAAGUGGACGGCGCAAUGAAGAGGGCGAAGAUCGCGCGGAACACGCACAUCGCCCCACCGGGAAGCAGGGUGGUGCUCAUGUCCCAGGUGUACCGGCAGACGGUGGCCAAGGACUCGGAGAAGCUGGCAGGAGCCAACGUCAAACUGCACCGCUGCAGCGAGGCCUACAUCUACCUGCUGACUCCGCUCAGGUCCGUGAGUGUGGAGAAGUGCCGCAACACCACGGUGGUGCUGGGCCCGGUGCAGUCCACCGUGCACGUGCAGAGCUGCGAGGACGUGUGCGUGGUCUGCGUGGCGGGCCGCCUGUCGGUGGGCGCCUCCUCCCGCUGCACCUUCCACGCGCUGACCCCGACGCGACCUCUGCUCCUGCCGGGGAACGAGGCCCUGACUCUGGCCCCCUUCCACACGCACUACCCCUCGCUGGAGGACCACAUGGCCAGCGUGGGGCUCGCUGUGGUUCCCAGCAGCUGGGACCAGCCGCUCCUGCUGGGCUCCGAGGGACCCCUGGGCAACCCGCCUUAUCGCCUGCUGCCCCCCAGCGAGUUCUGUCCGCUGGUGGUGCCCUUCGAGAUGGAGGGGGACACCACCGAGAUACCAGGGGGGUUACCCCCACAGUAUCAGAAGGCCCUGACAGCACGAGAGCAGAGGGUGCAGAACUGGCAAAGGACAGUCAAGGAAGCAAAACUCAACAAGGAGCAGCGCAGGCAGUUCCAGGCUCUGGUCGAACAGAAGUUCCACGAGUGGCUCCUGGAGUCGGGACACAGGCAGCAGCUGGACAGCCUCAUCCCCGCCCCCCCAGAGACGAAACAGGCGGCUGGGUAGUCGCGCUGCGCGCCCCCGUCUCGGGGCGCUCGAUCACGAAUCCCAAAGCACCACGUCGGCAGCUGGUCUCUGUGCGGCCCACUCGAACCUCCACACGCCUGAGUGUGAACCGUGUUUCCCGGUGAGAGUGGCAGUAGCCCACUCGAUGGUUUCACAGGGCAGAGGGGCUUCAGCUCACCUUGGUGUGUGGCACAGUUAGUGCAUUAUGAAAGCUGGACAUAUUGACUUUUGUUCUCUCAUGUCCAGGCUUCAGGAGCAGUACACUACAGGGCACAAAUCUCCUCACCUCUCUCUGUGAUCUCCAUCAUCAGUUCUUAGAGAGUAUCACCAAUGGCUCAUCUAUAACGGUGUGUUCCCUAUGAUGUGACCAGCUGUAGUCUAGAGUAUGGUUUGCACUAGUGUGUUUUUUUCGAUUCUUCCUGUAAAUGAACUGAGAUAGACAAUGGGUGUAUAUAUAAAGAGGAACAUUUAAUAGAGUGGAAUUUUACAACACCUUAACUGCAUAUUUAUGCCUGAUUUGUUGUUAGUAUAUGAAAUCUGUCCUGCUGACCUGAAGAGGGGAGAGGGUGACAGAUAUUACACCAGGUGCUCAUUCACCCACUCCUCCUUCUUGGCUUCAGUGAGAGCUGAGAGCUGAAACCUGUCUCCAAGACAGAGGAAGAGAGAAGGGACAGCACAGGGACGCCUGGAGCUGGAGAAACAAUUCAGCUGUGCAUUUUGUUGAAAAGGAGCACCUGCUUUAUCCAAAAAUACAAAAAACAAAGUGGAGGUCCCAAGAAUUGUCUUCAAUUUCUUGCAAAUAAAGCGACAAAUUAUCCUGGAAAUGUUAAGGCUUGGAAACAUACAUCGGUUUUGUUUUUACAGGUAAAACAGCCUGAAACUCCUUGUGUUAA